AUGGGUAACGGAGCCAAGGCACAGCAGAAGCGUGAGCGCAACGCAAAGGACAGCAAGGUCGCCAAGUCGCAGCUGAAAGUGAACCAGGCUGCCAUGGACAUCCAGUGCCAGAUCUGCAAGUCGACGUUCCUCAAGACCACCCGUGCUCCCCAGCUUGAACAGCACGCCCAGAACAAGCACAGCAAGGCGAUUGCCGACUGCUUCCCCACCUACACUGCCAGCUAG